AUGGGAUUCCACAGCGCCAUCAGCGUGUUCCUCAUCACCACCCUCAGUGUUUUUACUUCAGCUUUGGGCGCGAGCAGCUAUUACUGUGAAGAACCACUGCUGGCAUUGCUCCCCUCAGCUUCCUUUCAGAGUUCAUCAAGAUCUUCUGACAGCCACUCGCCACACUUUGCAAAACUCUACACCAGAGAUGGUUCUGGUGGCUGGUCUCCAGACAGUGAGGACCGUCGACCCUGGCUGCAGUUAGACCUAAGAGAUCGGUUGGAGGUGACAGUAGUGGCCACGCAGGGCCGAUGGGGCAGCGCAGACUGGGUGAGCAGCUACCAGCUGCAGUACAGUGACUCUGGCAAAACAUGGAGAUCCUACAGACAAGACAACAUGCCAUGGACAUUUUCAGGGAACACAGACACAGACUCAGUGGUCCAGCACAAGCUCCUCCACUCCAUCAGGACUCGAUUUCUGCGAUUUCUGCCCCUGGAAGGAAACCCCACUGGAGGAAUAGGGCUCAGACUGGAGAUCUAUGGCUGCAGUUACAAGUCGGAUGUGGCAGACUUUGAUGGGCUCAGUGCUCUGCUGUACCGGUUUAAUCAGAAAUCUACAAGCACAGUGAAGAAUGUGAUCUCAGUGCGCUUCCGGAGCAGGCAAGCCAAUGGUGUUCUGCUUCACGGAGAAGGCCAGAGAGGAGACUACAUCACCCUGGAGCUCCAGAGAGGAAGACUUGCACUGCGUCUCAACCUUGACGAUGCUAAACCCCAGUCCAGUGGUAGACACACUUCAGUGAUGUUAGGCAGUCUGCUGGAUGACCAUCUCUGGCAUUCUGUCCUCAUAGAGCGUUUCAACAAGCAGGUGAAUUUCACAGUGGACAAAGACACACAGCACUUUCGCACACAGGGCCAGGAGGACUCUCUGGAGGUAGACUAUGAGCUUAGUUUUGGAGGAAUCCCUCUGCCAGGCAAGCCUGGGACUUUUCUGAGGGAGAAUUUCCAUGGCUGCUUGGAGAACCUCUACUACAAUGGAGUCAAUAUCAUCGACAUGGCCAAGAGACGCAAACCUCAGAUCUACACUGUGGGUAAUGUGACUUUCUCAUGCUCCGAGUCGCAGCCAUUGGCUGUGACUUUUUUAAGUGCCACCAAUAGUUUUCUGGUUUUGCGUACUGAUUGGGCAGCAGAAGGUCUGUCCAUACGGCUCCAGUUCCGCACCUGGAAUCAGGACAGCCGUCUGCUUUCUGUCCCACUGAGUCAGGGCCUGAAGUCAUCAUCUCUCAUCCUGCAACUCAGUGGGGGGCUUUUCCUGCUCACCCUGAGAGGAAUCCCACAAGACACGGCUCAAAUCAGCACUGGUCCAAGUUUGUGUGAUGGACAGUGGCACUCGGUGGUGGUAGAGGUCAAAGGUCAGCAGGUCUAUCUGACUGUCGACAAUCAGAAGUCAGUGGUCAUGGAGAUCACUCAUCUUACCAACAGCUUACAGAGAACAACUGUUAUAUUUGGAGGCUGCCCUGUAUCUCAGUAUGAACUUGGCUGUGAGAAACCUCACACAGGAUAUCAGGGGUGCCUUCGUCUCAUCUUUAUCAACAACCAACCUAUCAACCUCAGCAGAAUUCAACAGGAGAAGCAAGCAAACUUCAGCGAGCUCAGCUUUGACAUCUGCAGUAUCCGUGACAGGUGUGUGCCUAAUUUCUGUGAACAUGGUGGAGUUUGCUACCAGUCUUGGGACCAAUUCUACUGCAACUGCUCUGGAACGGGCUACACAGGCACAACCUGCCAUAACUCAAUAUAUGAGCGAUCGUGUGAAGCAUACAGAAAUACAGCAAGUUCUUCCGGUGUUUUUACCAUUGAUCCUGAUGGCAGUGGUCCUUUGGAGUACACACAAGUGAACUGUACAAUUGCAGAGGACAAAAUGUGGACAGUUGUAGGUCAUGAUCACCUACAGCCUGUUAGCGUUCGAGGUUCCACACCCAGAAGCCCCUAUGUUCUCAUUUUCAACUACUCAAUCUCGCCAUAUCACAUUCGCUCCCUGGUGGCAUCGUCAGAACAUUGCCAGCAGGAAGUGACAUAUCGCUGUAGGAAGUCUCGCCUCUUUGACACGUGGGAUGGCACUCCUCUGUCAUGGUGGCUGGACAGGGAUGGUGUUAAGAGGACAUACUGGGGAGGCUCUCUGCCUGGAGUUCAGCAAUGCUCCUGUAGUCUGGAAGGCAACUGCAGGGACAUGAACUACUUCUGCAACUGUGACGCAGACCAGGAAACAUGGGUGAAUGAUACCGGUCUGUUAUCUUACAAAGACCAUUUACCGCUUAGUGAGAUCGCCAUUGGAGAUACAAACAGAACGGGCUCGCAGGCGUUCUUUCAGAUUGGACCUCUGCGUUGCUCUGGUGAUCGAUUUUUGUGGAACUCUGCCUCCUUUUUUUUGGAGUCCUCUUAUCUGCAUUUUCCUACACUGCAAGCUGAGCUUAGCAUAGACAUCUCCUUUUAUUUCAAGACCGGAGCUCCUUCUGGUCUCUUCCUUGAGAAUGUGGGAGUACAAGACUUCAUCAGGCUGGAGCUGAGCUCUCCAUCAGUAGUCACGUUCACUUUUGACCUUGGUGAUGGCCCAGUGGUUCUGACAGUCAGGUCACCAGUGCAUCUGAAUGACAGGCAGUGGCAUUACGUACAAGCAGAAAGAAACGUGAAAGAGGCAUCAUUGCAGGUCGACCUGCUGCCCCUUCAGCUCACUGCGGCUGGAGCCGAAGGACAACACAGACUCCAGCUCAACAGCCAGCUCUUUGUUGGAGGCGCACCUACCACUCAGAGGGGAUUCCUAGGGUGCCUACGUGCACUCAGCAUCAAUGGGAUGACCUUUGACCUUAAUGAGCGAGCAAAGAUGACGCCCGGUAUGAAUUCAGGUUGCCCAGGUCACUGCAGCAGUGAGAGCCUAUGUCAUAAUGGAGGAAGGUGUUUGGAAAACAGGAAUAGCUACAUAUGCGACUGCACACCCACAGCAUUCACUGGAGCCAACUGCAAAACAGCUAUAUCUGCAUCCUUUGAGAGAGGGACAUCUGUAACGUAUGCCCUUCAGGAACCAUUUUCUGUAAUGAGGAACCAGGAUCCAAAGGAACUGCAGAGCAACAAACAAUCUGACACUGUUAGAUUGCGGGAAAAUGUGGCAUUUGGGUUCCUGACAAAACACGCGCCAGCUUUGCUCUUGUCCGCUCAGUUCCAUGACCAGCGCUACAUGGCAAUUAUGCUGACCCAAAAUGGCAGUUUGCAGAUCUGGUACAGUCUGAACCAGGAGACGGGUCCAGACACGUUCAGUCUUAAAUCUGCCAGUCUAGCUGAUGGACGUUUCCACUGGAUCAGAAUGAAUCGUGAUGGAAAUCAGGUUCAUGUUCAGAUCGAUAACACAGUGACGCAGCAGUACAGUCUGUCUCCUGGCUCUGCGCUUGCUCCAGUGAGGAUUUUAACUCUGGGAAGAAUCCGAGGGAGUGACAUCACUGAUGAGGAAGUGGUCCGUGCAGGAUCAAGUGGAUUCAUUGGCUGUCUGUCCUCUGUCCUGUUUAAUCAAGCUGCUCCUUUAAAAGCAGCGCUACAAAACAAAGGAAGCUCAGCAGUCAGCAUACACGGCCGGCUGGAGGAGUCAGACUGUGGGGCUCAAUCAAGCAUAAACACUCACAUUACCACCCAUACAGGCUCAGUCGAUGAAUCAUCAAAAUCAGACAGAGGUAAAGCACCUCUGACAAAGGUUGCACAGAGUGACUCAGCACUAAUUGGAGGAGUCGUAGCUGCCAUAGUGUUUACAACGCUGUGUGUGUUGGCUGUGUUGAUCCGCUUCCUCUACCAACACAGAGAACCCCAACCUCCGCCUGCCAUCGCUGUAAAGAGCAAAAGACCUAGCCUGAAUGUGGAACCACGCAAACCAAGCCACGUUGGGAAGGAGUACUUCAUCUGACAGGAUUUUUGUCUGCAUGCACAUCAGUUGCAUUAUCUGCAGAAGUAAGGUUCUUAACAGCUGCACACAAGCGCCUGACCCAUGCCUUCCGACACUUCUGUGCCAUCUUUAAAUCCAGGCCCCUUGUCUGAGGCAGCUGCUGAGUUCUGAUCCAAGCUGGAAAGGAAAUCAGGGUCUGCAUGCAGGAAGAGACUCUCUAGUUGCUGGUUAUGCUUACAGAUAGUGUGAAAGAAGAGACUAUUUGGGGGGAAAAAAAAUAGGAAAUAGUCACAAUUUGUAUGAGAUAUGUGCUGUAUGAUAACAGUGACAUGCACUCAGAUACAGCACCUUAUACACACCCAUCUGAAGUAAAAGCCCAAGACAGGAGACACGAUGGUCUGCUUGUCCAAACCUUUUAUAUUGAGCACAAGCUUUGUGUUUUGUCACUUACAAAAAGAGAGUGGCCUCUCUAACUCAUGUACUCUGAUCACUGAGGAUGGCACUUGAGAUUGACUGAUGUUUGGUGGCUAAAAUUUACACGUAUAUUAAUAUUGCGGAAAGAUCAACAGUCUCUUGUCAUGUCAAAACAUAUCUGUAUUAAGGAUUUGACAAAAUAAGACAAUCAGUUAAAACAAGAGACCAACCAUAAACAAAGGAGGAUUAGCUCUUACGUUAAAUCAGCACUAGCAAGAGAUCAAUUGAGAAAGCUUUGUGUCCGUCCUCAGCUGCAUGUCAGGGAUCAGAUUUUGCGGCCUUAAUGCAGCUAAAUCCAUGACCGAGUGCCCAAUGAGUCUACAGAAAGAAGGACCUCAAUGAAGUGCAUUAUAUUACCUGACAGUGAAAACAACCCUGUCAUGCCCCCUAAGACAAUAACAUGCUUUCUUACUGAAAUUGAUUUUAUUUGGUCAGGGGUUCAGUUUUCUAUAUGGCUAUUGUUGUAUAUGACUGUUUAUCUAUUUCAUAAAUAUAUUUAAUAAAACAAGCUUUUUAUAGCC